GUCUUUAUAAUGCAUUCUCACACCAGUUAAAGUUGAGAUACGACGAAGAUGUCAACUAUAAGGAGUUAAGGAAGUUGGCAGCAGACUAUAUGCGCAAAAAUGCUGAUGAUUUCACGCCGUUUUUAUACUUGGAAGAUGGAGAUUUCAAUAAGUACUGUGAUGAUAUAGAAAAUACAGCCCGUUGGGGAGGUCAAUUAGAGGUGUUGGCGCUUGCUAAAGCCAAGCAAGUACCUGUGGAUAUUAUUCAACAUGAAGGACCUGAUAUAAAGAUUUGUGAAGACGAAUACCCAAAUAAAACUCCACUGAAGCUAGCGUAAGUGUUUCAUUAUACCGGUUACUAAGACCACGAAUAACUUACAAAUUUUCUAAUCUUGAUUAGUUAUCACAAACAUCUCUUUUCAU